CCCCUUUCUCUCUUGCCCUCAGCUUCGGCCUCAGGCCAAGGCUAGGCGAUUCGUGUACUGGGCUUGCGCGCGCGCGCGUGCGUGUGUGUAUGCUGUGGUGUGGUGCGUGGUGAGUGUUGGUGUGUGUGAGUAAGAGAGAGAGACCGGCCCGGCACCGAGCCAACAAUUUCGCUGGGCGCUGGCUUGCACAGCACAACAGCAGCAACAUGCCUGUGCAGGCACCACCAACGGCACCACCUCACCUCAAUAUUUUUAUUUUAUUUUUAUUUCUUUUCUGCUGCAGAGUAUCCGUACCUUCCCUCCCGUCUCCCUCUUCGCUCUCCAUCUGCACUACACCUCCAGGCUCCGGCACCACCCCAAGUUCCUCCUCAACCAGUUACCUACUACCUCACCUCACUCCGUACCCAGCGGCUACCUGCCAGUGACAGCCCUGGGAAGCCCCAAGCCCAGCAGCCUAGCCCGGUCCAGCCCAUCCUUUUCCCGCCAGCUGCUUCGCACUCCCCGUGCAGUGCAUGUGGUCCGGGGGGGCGGAUUACCCACUGAAAUCACUUGUCUGCGGCUGCCAUCCGUCCACCUGCCCCAAAUUUCCAUCCAUUCUCUCCCAGUCCUCCCCCAUCCAUCCUUUCCUUUCCUGAAAUCCUCUUCCAAGCAACCACAACCACGCAACCACCCCCUUCCCGUCCUCUCGGCCUGAUUUCGCCUCCCCGAAACCAAGUCAGCUCAAAUGGGCAUCGGGAUAACGAGCAGUUAGCUGACCUGCGACCCUCAUCAUCCUUUUAGACAUAUCGUCCUUUUUUUUUCCCACCUUCAUACACCAACCCCCGAUCGACUCCAUCAGACCGCCUCGACCGACAACCGACACGAUUGAACCGAGCAUCCAGGCCCAGCCUUUGCCCCGACACUACGGUCCGUAAGAGGACGUAGGCCUUCGACGCAAUGGCUUCCUCAUCGAGCAACGUCGUCGGCGUGCACUACCGUGUGGGAAAGAAGAUUGGAGAGGGAUCUUUCGGUGUUAUUUUUGAGGGCACCAACCUCCUGAAUAACCAACAGGUCGCCAUCAAAUUCGAGCCGCGUAAAAGCGACGCACCUCAAUUGCGAGAUGAGUAUCGGACGUACAAGAUUCUCGUCGGAUGCCCUGGCAUUCCCAACGUCUACUACUUCGGACAGGAGGGUCUGCACAACAUCCUCGUGAUCGACCUUCUCGGUCCCUCCCUCGAGGAUCUCUUCGACCACUGCGGCCGAAGGUUCACCAUCAAGACCGUCGUCAUGGUUGCCAAGCAGAUGCUGUCGAGAGUGCAAACCAUUCACGAGAAGAACCUGAUCUACCGUGACAUCAAGCCCGACAACUUCCUGAUCGGCAGACCGGGCACCAAAGCCGCCAACGUGAUCCACGUUGUCGAUUUCGGCAUGGCCAAGCAGUACCGCGAUCCUAAGACGAAGCAGCACAUCCCUUACAGAGAGCGAAAGUCGUUGUCCGGUACCGCCCGAUACAUGAGUAUCAACACCCAUCUAGGUCGCGAACAAUCCCGCCGUGAUGAUCUCGAGGCUCUCGGUCACGUCUUCAUGUACUUCCUUCGUGGCGGUCUUCCCUGGCAAGGACUGAAGGCUGCAACAAACAAGCAGAAGUACGAGAAGAUUGGUGAGAAGAAGCAGACCACCCCUAUCAAGGACCUCUGCGAAGGAUUUCCCGAUGAGUUCAACAAGUACUUGACCUACGUACGGAAUCUCGGUUUCGAGGACACCCCCGACUACGACUACCUCCGCGAGCUCUUCACACAGGCCCUGAAGAACACCGGCGAGGUCGAGGAUGGCGAGUACGACUGGAUGAAGAUCUCCAAGGACAACGGCAAGGGAUGGGAUGCCAUGAAGGGCCACAACCCCGGAUACCUGCACAACCCAAAUGCUCGACCCGGCCCGUCUCAGAUGGAGCUUCACAGCGGCCAUCGGGGCGGUGCUGCAAACCCCAACAACCCCAACAACCUGACAGUCGGCCGUUUAAACGCCGCGCAACCCCCGCCUCCUUCUCCGAUCAAGCAGAUGGCGAAGUCGAGAGGUCAACCAAACGCCCCCGGCGCCUUGAACGCGCAACGGGGCUCCGGAGUCGGGGGUCUUCGGGACAUGGCCACCCCCACCGGCUCAACUCAGGCCCAGUUUCAGAACAGCAACCGCAACCUCCCCCAGAACGUUCCUCAACAGACACCGAUGAACCAGCAGCCGGCCCCUCCUAAUGGCCGUCCCGCUGAGCCUCAGCCUACAGGCUUCCAAAAGUUCAUGAAGGUGCUUUGCUGUGGCUAGAAUCUUGGCUUCUGUUUAUGUUCGUGUUGCCACAAGGACGGCUAAGACUACACCUCACCACUAUAUAAAUGCCCACUGGACAAACCCAGCCAGAUGCCGGAUCGAUGUUUGAGAAAAAUCAGGCGGCCACACCUGGUUGACGACUUCUUCACCACCCACCAAUCCCCUUUGUCCGUCACUCUUCAUCUUUUCCGACGAAAACUUAUUCAUCCUCUGAGCUACACUUUUUUCCCGCAUGACGACCACGGAGUAGCAUCCAGCGCGCACACUGGCUAUUCCGGGAUAAUGACGAACACACUAGCCUUUCUUUCUGGUUUUCUCUUCAUCUGUGCUUCGACGACGUCUCUUCUUUUGGAGGCCGUCGGGGCAUCAUAAAAUCACUGGCAUGGAAAUCUCACCUCGGGAAUGGGGACCUUCUUUAACUAAGAACUUUCUGUUUCUAAGGAGAGAAACAAAAAACAUACAACUUGAUAAUGUACAGCGCAGCACGGCGCAUGGCGGUUGCAGGGGUUUUUAAGCAUUGGGUCAGGUUCUGCCGCACGUUUUCGUUAAAGUUGAUAAUAGGGCUCGCCGUGUCCGGCACAGCUUGAGGCGACUGCGCUGUUGGGGAGAGAGAUUGGUGAAUGCGAGACGGCGGUUGAGAGAUGUUUUGGGGAGAGAGUUGUGUGGAGGCUGAUAGACAGAAGAGAGAGGGAUACAAUGGACAUGAAACUUUACACUACACCAUCAAU